AUGCCGCGCAGAUCCGGACCCACGACUAAAAGGCGUCCAGCAUUUGUAGGGUCCACGCUGGUCAUUGCUUCGGGAAAAGGUGGGGUUGGUAAAUCCACAGUUGCUGUCAGCACCGCACUCAGUCUCGCUAAGCUAAGCCCGGGCAGUACAGGUCUGGGACGGAGCUUGCGCGUAGGCCUGCUCGACUUGGACAUCUUUGGGCCGAGUGUACCAAAGCUCAUGGGGCUCGACAAAGCUGGCGAGCCAAGACUGAGCAAGAGUGAGUGACAAACAAAGCAAAAGGCGAUCCUGCGCAUGCCAUGAUCAAGCGAGCUCACCCUCGAUCGCCUGCAACAAUGCAGAUGGUCAGCUUGUGCCAUUGACCAAUCACGGGAUCCCAACAAUGUCCAUGGGCUACCUCUUGCCACCUUCGCCAGACACGGGCUCAGCAUCAGAUGCACCCAUCGUAUGGAGAGGUCUAAUGGUACAAAAGGCUACACAACAGCUGCUCUUUGAUGUAGACUGGAGGGGAGAGCAAGGCGGACCUGAAGCUGAGGAAGGCGCAGGCGGUGGCUCGGGGCUUGAUGUGCUCGUCAUAGACACUCCUCCUGGCACUGGAGAUGUCUUGCUCAGCCUCACUCAGCUAAUGAUUAUUGACUCUGUGGUGAUUGUGAGCACGCCGCAAGACGUUGCCCUCAUAGAUGCACGAAGAGGGGUGCGGAUGUUCGAGAAGUGCGGCGUACAAGUGAGUCGCGGCUUCAGAAAGGGGCGCUCGCUGAAACUUUGGACGCUGACGAAACGCCUCCUUUUUGUUACGAAGGUUGCUGGAAUGGCAUUGAACAUGUCACAUUUUGAAACCGGGAUGGCAAGCGCUGCUCCCCUCGAAGUGUUUGGAUCCUCCGCGUCUUUCGACAAGCUCGCACAGGAGCUCCAAGUACCCGUUCUUGGCAGAAUACCCAUCGAGUCCAGCAUCGCAUCGGGUGGUGAUAGAGGCCAGCCUGGAGUGCUGCAAAGCCCUUCUCCUUCGGUCGAUGCACACGCAGCUCCUGCUUCAGCGCCGCGCGUGUUUGCUACGAUGGCAGAAGCCGUUUGGAGAGACAUCCAGCGAAAGCGCGGCUUGGGCGGCGGUUGA